CCCUUCUCCGCGAAGUGCCCCCUGGGAGUUGUAGUACAUCCCUUUGUGUUCCUCUUCCCGAGUUUCCUUGCCGCUUCCGUCGCCCGGUGGCCGGUCACCAGCCAUGCCCGGGGGGAGAAGCGGGAAGUCCCGCGAGGCCGCGAACCCGGCUGCAGGGGGAGGGGCCGAGUCGGUGACCGAGCGGGUCUUGCGAGAGGCCCACUCGCUUUAUGUACAUCCGGGUCAUGGUCUGGUGACCAUUGGGUCACGACUUGGCCUGACGCUGCUGCCUCCACGCCGCAAAGUCACUGUCAUGGUGAUGGGGAACCACAGUGCUGGCAAGAGUAGCUUCAUCAAUUGGUAUGUGGAAGAGCACAUUCAACGAACCGGAGUAGCUAUCGAGACCCAAGGUUUCACCUUCAUCACCAGCGGGAGGAAACGAGAGUCCCUCACAGGUAAUGCAACGCUCCAUCUGUAUCCCCAUUUCCAGGCCCUGCAAAGUUUCAAAGGGGUGCCGGAGUACCUGAGCACUGAGAUUUGUACCUCCAAACAGAAACACUUCCCUCUGGUUACCUUCCUUGACACACCAGGCUUGGUCGAUGGUGACAUGAAGUACCCUUUUGAUGUUGAAGCAGCACUUAUCUGGUUUGGCCAGCUCUGUGAUCUCAUCCUGGUCUUCUUCGACCCCAUGGGACAGGCCCUUUGCAAGCGCACCCUCAACAUCGUAGAGGAACUCAACGAGGGGCAUGGGGACAAACUGCGUUUCUACCUCAGCAAGGCUGAUGAGGCGGGUGCUGAGGGGGACAGGCAGAGGGUGCUGAUGCAGAUUGUCCAGGAACUCUGCAAGCGCCCAGGCCUCAACAAAUGUGGGUUUGACAUGCCCACAAUUUACAUCCCCAGCCCCAGUAAGCCAAGCCGCUGUGUCAAUCAGAUUGAAGAGAUCUGCCGAACCAUCGAGAAGACGAUCAGCCAGACGGUACAACACACGCUCAACGCCCUGGAGCGGGAUUGCCACCUCAUUGACAAGGCCACGUGCAAUCUGCUAGAAGAAGACAGCACGGCGAGAAGCAAUAAUUUCCAUGCCCGGUUUCGGGGAGUCCUACUGGGGUUAGCUGGGUGCCUCUUACCCUUCUUUCUCCUUAUUACUCUGCUUUUCGGCACAGCGACUGCCCGUCAGAUGUGGUCCCUGGUCUUGGGAAAGGAGCAGAGCCAAGCGCUGGAACUAUACGUGCGGCCAGUCGCCUCUGCCUGGAGCCUCAUCCCUGAAGACUACACCUUGACUGUAUUCUUUGGCCUCCUCUGCCUUUCGAUCGUCCUCCUCCUGUUGGCCAGCUACGCUUUCCAGACCAAGCCCACACUCUCAAAAAAACAGAAGCGGCAACUAGAGGACCGGCGGGAUUACGUGUUGGACGUGGUGCUGGAGACAAAGAGACGGCUCUAUGAGGAAUAUCUAAAGCAAAGCAUCGGCGAGCAAGACCUGAGCUGAGACCUCCUCCUCAGCGUACCUCUGCGACAAACUGCCAACCCUAUACCUACACGACGCGUUACUGUUCAUCCUUAGUCCAGAGAGCGGCCGCUGGAUUAGUGGACAAUAUCAUAAGACGGUGAACCUCCCCAGGGGGCUGAUUCUUCUUCACCAGCCGGCAACUUCCGCUGCUCAUCGUGUUUUUGAGCAGCAAACAGCCUACAUCAGUGUUUGAACGAUGUGAUUCGGUAUAGCUGGCGUGCCGCACGUCCACGAAGACAGCAGUGUAUCUGUUCUAUUUGUUGCACUCCUCAGUUCUUUUCUCUGGUACCUGCCCUGUCCCCCUCCUCCUUAGAACAGAUUGGAUCGUGCGCCCCUCCAUCCUUUAGGGCAUAGGUGUCAAACUCGCGGCCCUCCAGUUGUUAUGGACUAUAGUUCCCAUCAUCCCCUGCCAGCAUCAUGCUGGCAGGGGAUGAUGGGAACUGUAGUCCAUAACAUCUGGAGGGCCAUCAGUUUGACACCUGUGCUUUAGGGUGUUAAUGCUGUGCACUGAAGUUUUAAAAGGCCAGUGUUGCUCUUUGCUGCCUAGUAUCAUGAUGUUUGGGGCCAUCUUCAUCCAAUGACAUGACAGAAUCUACCCCCUGCCCAUCCCUUCUUUAGUGAUGUACCGCCUACUUUUGUAUAUUUUGUGACUGCCCAUUCAUGUACUGACCACCCCUGAGUGGCCAGGGAUGAAUACUGUAAAUUUCAAUGCCUUUUCUUGCUGUUACCUGUGAAGUUUUAAAUCUUCGGUUCCUUGGGGGUACAAUCCCAUGCCUGUGAAUUUCUCUGGACAUGCUACAGGAAAUAGGUCUCUCUCCUUUGUCUCUCACACUAAUUUGUGCCUUCAACUGAUUACCAGUUCUCAGGUGGAAGGGGAGGACAUUUUUAUAGCUAUCUCCUUUGAUCAACCUUCACAUUUACCUGGGCUUUUAUUUAACGCUGUGAAAUCUCCCUCCACCUAUAGUUUGAUAUAAGCUAUCAUUUACCCAGAAUCCUUUGCAGCAUUCUGGAACUAUGCUUCCAACUUGCUGUAGGGACAGGCAAUAGCUUAUGCUAGUGGUAGGGAUUCUCUUGGCUGUUUACUAAUUUGGUUUUUCUUUUUGCAUUUGUUAAUUGUGGAAUACCAUUGCUAUAUUGUAACUGUUAGUAUACUAGCAUGGGGAAUGGUGCUAUCAGGAAAUGACAUCAUUCCAACUAUUUAAGUUGCUCCAUAUAGUGGGCCAAUAGGAAUAUUCAUUCUAGAAUCAGUCUGUCUUUCCUGUUCUAUGCCUUAAGAAAGGAUUUGUCUCAGGUACUGCCUACAAUGAUGAAAUGAAGUUUGCUUAAUCGAAUGUCCCCCCCCCCCCCGCCCCACAACAGCCCUCCCAUGCCCCAAAGUGGUCUUAUUUGGGCUUUAGUUCCUCCACUGUCAAACUUUGCUUCCCAAGAACCAGGAGUUCAAGUAUCAUUUUCGUUUUUGAGACAUUUUUCUCCCAUCGCGUGCUAACAGGAAACAGCCAGUGUUGGGAGCAGCAGAAAACACACAUGCCAACAACCGCAUCUGAUUUUUCAGAUCGCUCUGUUCUGGGAAGCCAACGGAAAUUAACGUGUGCGCUGUUGCUGAUUGGCUAACUUCCCUUCCGCUUUUUAAAGUCAUCUCUUGAGGGUUAGCAUGAACUGCUGCUAUAGUGGGGAGGGGGGGAAGAGGGAGGAGAGGCAGCCUGAAUCCAUUUUGUGGUAGACAUUACCUUAAAGGUGGUUUGUGUAAUUCCCUUGUGUGUGAUGCAGAGUCCCUCUUUCUGCAGCACCGCCAGGCAGCUCUCCUUCUGCAGUGAAUGUAGGGAGGAGGGAGGAUGCAUUUAUAGCAUUUAAUAAAGCUCAAUUUAGAA